AUGGGGCCAGGCCUGGGACAGCAGCUCAGCACCUCCAACACACCCUCCAGCAGUGCCCCUGGCUCGCCUUCAUCAUUCUGGACACCGGGGCUCCGGAGGCAAAGGCGUAGCCCCGGUCGCCCACGUCCUCGAGGCUCGGCACCGGGCACCCACACGCCCGACAAGACCCACUCGGCCCUCGCCCUGGAGGCCUUCAGGUGCCCGGCGUCGGGCCACGCCGGCCGCCUGUGGGAGCAGUUGAGGCAGUUCUGGGUCGACCACUUCUCGCGGCGCUUCUCGCCGCGGCGCCCGCCGCUGCGCCGCAUCUCCUCCAUGUCCACCUUCUACCUGCUGGACCACCGGACGCGCCAGGCCGAGCUGGGCCUCAGCUACGGCGCGCCGCGCACGCGCCUGAGCGACGAGGACUUCGUGUUCCGCGGCGGCCGCUGGACAGCCGAGGGGCUCCCCCUGCGGUCGGGGCCGCCGCUGUCCCCGCCGACCAUCUCGGGCUGGGAGCCGCCGGUGCCGCGGGUCAAGAGCCAGGUGUUGCUGGAGGAGAACAACUACUUGAAGUUGCAGCAGGAACUGCUCAUGGACAUGCUGACUGAGACCACGGCGCGCAUGCACCUGCUGGAGAAGAAGCUGGACACCGAGGCCAACCCGACGACGGCGGCGCGCGCCUGGCAGAGGAAGAUGCGCAAACGCGAAGGCGCGAGCGGCGUGCUCAUGAUCGAGCCGCGCGCUCUGGAGUCGCGGUGA